CAUAGGGUGACGCUUACAAAUUUCCCAUGUGGCAAUCACAUGCAAAUGCAUUACAAACAAGUGACUGAUGGCUAUUGUUAUUAAUGUUUUUGCUUUUCAAAUUUCACAGACUUUCUUCGCCUUCUUGUACGCCGUGUCGAUCGUGUUCUUUCUGUACGUCUUCGGCUAUUUAUUGCGAUCGAAAAGACGCCAAGAGGAGAAGAAACGCUUGAAGAAAUUAAGCCGAUCGAGGGAAUCGAACAUGGCCAAUCCGACGACGACCACCGAAGAUGAAACCAGCGAUUACGACGCUGUGCGCAAUCCCGAUUCCAGCAUGUCGGUCGAGAACGAGAUCGUCUCUGCGCCGACGCCUUUACGUCGAUUCUUCAAUCAAUUCAGCGGCGAGAGCAGCGGCGAGCGCAGGAAAUUCAGCCGAACGGAUCCGAUCGACAUGGACGACUCGUCGAAAGGCGUCAGUCAGAAUCCACACCCAUCGUCACGCAAAAGCAGCGCCACGAAGCAAUGGAUGCCGCAGAAUUUCGGCCUCAGCGUAGGAGAUUCGCCCAACGAGAUCGUCUCCUACAGCACGAUGAACAGCAACAGCGACAUUGUAACAAACACCGGCGGCGCUGCCAACGGUCGAAAGGCGAGGAAAACUAAAGUCUCCGAUAACGAGCACAGCCAUGGAAGCCUGUUCUUAAGGGCCGGCGCUGUGGCUUUCGGGCUGGGCACUAUGAUUUAUGACGGGCUGGAAUUCGGUGCCUUUCUCGAAGUGCCGCCCGACUCGCCCUGUUUCGCUCUGCUGCGUGGCAUCAAUCCGCUUCUGCACGCAGCCUUUGUCUUCCUCCAAAUGUACUUCAUCUUCGUGUCUGCCAGGCUCAACAUUCACAAAUUCAAAGUGAUUGCCCGUUUCGGAUUGAUGCAUUGCGUUGCCACCAACAUUUGCGUUUGGAUUCGGACGUUGGUUAGAGAAUCGUUGAAAGAAAUCAAUGGUCAUUAUAAUUAUUAUGAUAAAAUUGCCAGGAGCCAACAACUGCAGCAAAGCCAACCGGUUGUCGAUGGCUAUGAAUCCGUUUCCAACGCUUUCCUACAUCACAUUGUCGAGGCUGUAGCCGCUGCGGCCGGAAGCGAUGAAAGUUUCGAAGGAGGAAAUUCUGCCCUUUUUGAUGUAGUGAAUGAAACUUUGGGCGAUGCGCCCAUCGGCGUUGCGACGUCAGCCGCACCGACUGUUGCAGCCGUUAAGAGCAAAAAAGAAAUUAGCUUGUGGGAAUUGACGGGCAAUGUCUCGUGUGGCCGUCGCAUUUUCCUGGGCAACAUCAUCAUGGACGCUGCUCCGUUCCUCUAUCCUUUCCUCAUUGAAUAUUCGCUCAUUGGCGCUGCAGUUCUUUACGUCAUUUGGGAACAUAUUGGCCUCAACCCAAAGUACAAGACGGAAGAUAACAACCGAGGCGUUAGAGACGAAUCGAUCUGGAACAGCAAAACUCGUCAAUUAAGAGUCGAUUGUGUUGGAGCUUCGAAGGAACUCUUUAUCGGCCUCUUUUUCCUGACAGCUUCGCUCCUCUGUCUCGUCUUAUUCUUCAUUUUUGUGCCCAUGCCCCAAUUCAAACGACUGGGACUCAUCCUGGGCUACGCGGCCCAUUGCACUUUGCUUCUCGUUUCCAUCUUCGCCAUGGCGUUAGGCGCAUACAGAGCCCGGCAUUUGCAUUUCCAUUCGGAGCACAUGGAAGAGCUGGGCAACAUUUUGUUACGGAUCUCUGCCUUGGGGAUUUUUAUGUAUGCCGCCUUUUCUAUGAUCGCAGGAGCGCUGGGCAGUUCGACGGAAGAACCGCCCACUUUAGUGUUCAUCAACGGCCUGUUGUCCGUCAUCGAAGUGACGGUACAGACGGUUUUCAUCUCGGACAUGUCGAGACGCAUUGUGAACACAGCCGAGCAGGAUUUGGAGAAGCCGGGCCGACAGUCCGUCACUUUUUUGUUGAUCACCAACAUGACCCUGUGGCUCGUCUACACUUUCGAAAUGCAAAAAGUCGAAGCUAAUCCGGUUCAGCUCAAUUUUUACGGAUUUCUGCCUUGGGCCAUCGUUCAGCGCAUUACGCUGCCGCUCUGCAUCUUUUAUAGAUUUCAUUCGGCCAUGGUAUACGCCGAAAUUUGGAAAAACUCCUAUCGAUAUCAUGGACCUUCGGGCGAAACAAUGCCGCCCGGUGGAUCUGAAACGAAUUAAAACGCAUUCCUUUGUGUUAAAAAUGUUAACUAUUAUAUAAGGCGUCUGCAUAUUUACAUAGUUCCCUUGUAUAUUUUGGACGAUUUUUCAAUCUUUCCUUAUCCUAUCUUUUUUUUCUUUUACGUAAACAUAAAACUAAUGGUUGUUGGGAUAUUAGAUCCCACAUGUCACAAUGAACGUAAGAAAAUGUGCUGCCUUUUAACAUGUCCAUUUUGAUAUAAUUUCUUACUGGACUGUUUGGAAAUGGAGCAUAGUAUGUGAGUUUCACGAACUCGUAAUACUAUAUCGUAGUGUAGGCAAUAGAUCAGGUGCAAUGACGUGUUCAUAUCAGAUAAAAAGAAGUAGUGCGUUUGUACAUUUCCGGA